UUUCAUUUUCGACCAACACCUCACCCUUCGAACGUGCGGCGACGCAUAAAGCAAUUAAAAGAUUAUAUUACUGUUACACCUGAUUGGAUCAGUUAUGCCAUUAUUGACGACAUUACGGAUUCUUUCGCCCCACUUAUUCGCACAAUUGAAUUUGAAGUUGACUCGAUCGAUGAGUUAGUUUUAAUCUUAAAGGAAUCCGAACAAACCGACAUGUUACGUCGGAUUGGUCAUUGUAGAAAAAAAGUUUUAGGAUUAUUAAGACUAUUGGGGAGUAAGGCUGAUGUAAUGAAAGGAUUGAUUAAACGAUGUAAUGAUCUCAAAUGGGAUGUGGUCAUUAGUAACGAAAUAGUGUUAUAUAUGGGUGAUAUACAAGACCAUAUAAUUACCAUGGUUCAAAAUUUGAACCACUACGAAAAAAUUCUUUCACGUUCUCACUCAAAUUAUUUGGCUCAAAUAUCCAUCGAAAUGACACAGGCUAAUAAUCAGAUCAAUGAUAUUCUAUCCCGUCUUACCGCCUUAGGCACAAUACUAAUUCCCAUGAAUCUUGUUACAGGCUUAUGGGGGAUGAACGUCAAGGUUCCCGGUCAGGAAGCGGAAGGACUGACUUGGUUCGUUUCUAUACUAUCAGGAUUGUUGAUAUUCGCCAUUAUAGGAGUCGUGAUGGCACAUAGAACAGGGAUAGUUUGA